GCCAGCUCCGGUCUCAACCGUUUGGGCUCCGCAGUGCAGAUGCCAGCCGGUCUCCCGGAGCUCCUGCUGCUCCCGCCGCGUCUCUCUGAUCCUCUCGUCUCCGGAGCUCCAGCUGCGCGCUCGCAGCUUGCCACGGAGCCUUGCCGGCUUGGACUCUCUGAGUCCCGCGUGCGGAGUCGUUCCGGCGCAGCGGCGAGGACCCGGGAGGCCGACGGUGCUCUCGGAUGCGGCAGGACAAGCUGACCGGCUCCCUGCGUCGCGGCGGGCGAUGCCUGAAGCGCCAGGGCGGCGGCGGCGGUGGCGUGGGCACCAUCCUGAGCAAUGUGCUCAAGAAGCGCAGCUGCAUCUCACGGACCGCGCCCCGGUUGCUGUGCACCUUGGAGCCGGGAGCUGACACAAAAUUGAAGUUCACACUUGAGCCAUCUUUAGGCCAAAAUGGGUUUCAGCAGUGGUAUGAUGCUCUCAAGGCAGUUGCCAGACUGUCAACAGGGAUCCCAAAGGAAUGGAGGAGAAAGGUCUGGCUGACCUUGGCAGAUCAUUAUCUGCACAGUAUUGCCAUCGACUGGGACAAAACCAUGCGCUUCACUUUCAAUGAGAGAAGCAAUCCCGACGAUGACUCUAUGGGGAUCCAGAUCGUCAAGGAUCUGCACCGCACGGGCUGUAGCUCCUACUGUGGCCAGGAGGCCGAGCAGGACAGGGUGGUCCUAAAGCGGGUGCUGCUGGCGUAUGCCCGGUGGAACAAGAAUGUCGGGUACUGCCAAGGCUUCAACAUCCUGGCUGCUCUGAUUCUGGAAGUGAUGGAGGGCAAUGAGGGGGAUGCCCUGAAAAUUAUGAUUUACCUGAUUGACAAGGUACUUCCCGAGAGCUACUUUGUCAAUAACCUUCGGGCACUGUCUGUGGACAUGGCUGUCUUCAGAGACCUCUUGAGAAUGAAGCUCCCCGAGCUGUCUCAGCACCUCGAUGCUCUUCAGAGAACGGCAAACAAAGAGAGCGGAGGUGGCUACGAGCCCCCGCUCACCAACGUCUUCACAAUGCAAUGGUUUCUCACUCUCUUUGCCACGUGCCUCCCUAACCACACGGUUUUGAAGAUCUGGGACUCAGUCUUCUUUGAAGGCUCGGAGAUCAUCCUGAGGGUGUCGCUGGCUAUCUGGGCAAAGCUGGGAGAGCAGAUAGAGGGUUGUGAAACCGCGGAUGAGUUCUACAGCACCAUGGGGCGUCUCACCCAGGAGAUGCUGGAAAACAAUCUCUUGCAGAGCCAUGAACUCAUGCAGACUGUUUAUUCGAUGGCUCCGUUCCCUUUCCCACAGCUGGCGGAGCUGAGGGAAAAGUACACCUACAACAUCACACCAUUCCCAGCCACAGUUAAGCCCAUGUCAGUUUCCGGGCGACACGGUAAGGCCAGAGACAGUGACGAGGAGAAUGAGGCCGAUGACGAGGAUGCCAUGGCUAGCGCCGUGGGAUGCCUCGGGCCUUUCAGUGGAUUCCUGGCACCUGAACUGCAGAAGUACCAAAAGCAGAUUAAAGAAGCGAGCGAGGAACAGAGCCCGAGGUCCAACAACAUCGCGGAGCUGAGCCCGGGAGCCAUCAAUUCCUGCCGCAGUGAGUACCACGCGGCCUUCAACAGUAUGAUGAUGGAGCGAAUGACCACAGACAUCAACGCUCUGAAGCGGCAGUACUCGCGCAUCAAGAAGAAGCAGCAGCAGCAGCUCCACCACGUGUACAUAAGGGCAGGGAGUAAAGAAGAAAAGGACCUUGGGUUCUUUUUAGGCCCCAAGGAACAGGCCGUGGAUGACAAAGGACCAGUCACCAGCAUCCUCCCAUCUCAGGUAAACAAUUCUCCAGUGAUAAAUCACCUUCUUCUAGGGAAAAAGAUGAAAAUUACAAACAGAGCAAGCAAGAAUGCAGUCAUCCACAUCCCCGGCCACGCAGGAGGUAAAAUGUCUCCUGUCCCCUACGAAGACCUCGAGACCAAGCUCAACUCUCCAUGGCGGACUCACAUCAGAGUUCACAAAAAGAACAUGCCACGGACCAAGAGUCACCUGGGCUGUGGGGACACCGUAGGGCUGAUAGAGGAGCAGAAUGAAGGCUGCAGGGCCAGCAGCCUGGGGGCAGCUGAGGAGCUUCCCUCCAGCCGUGCAGCAGCAGCUCCUGGUGAGGGCAGCAGCUGUGCCGCGGGCACCCUGAGGACAAUCGAAGGGCAGUCGCCGGAGCCGGUAUUUGGGGAUGCUGAUGUUGUCGAUGUGUCUGCAGUGCAGGUGAAAUUGGAAGCCUUGGAACUGAACCAAAGGGAUGCCCCUGCAGAGACUGAGCCCAAGGCGCUCCUCCCCUGCCAGCAGCGUGCCCCGGAGUCCAUGGAUGGCCCUGGGGAAAACCAGGCUCCCAGCAAACCUCUCCCUGUCAGCAACUCCAAAGCCCCUAUCUUCAGCCCUUUUCCUAGCGUCAAGCCGCUUCGAAAGUCAGCCACGGCCAGGAAUUUGGGGUUGUACGGCCCUACAGAAAGAACCCCAACCAUGCACUUCCCUCAGAUCAGCAGGAGCUUCAACAAAUCGGCCACCGGGAGCAGCAGCAGCACCAAGAAGCGAUGACGCCUCCCAGUGGCUCAGCGUCUGGACUCGCGUGGCAUGGCGACAUUAACAUGCCGGCCGUACCCGUCCUGUUCUGUUUGUCCAGUGAGAAUGAAUCGGGAGGCUAGGAGCCUGGAGACUAGGAGGCCCAUCAAAGUGGGAGCUGGAAGUGUCGUGGUGGGAACCAGGGUAGGGACCUUUCCUACCCACUAGGUAGCUGGUAAAGUGGAUUCUUGUGACUGAAUAAAUCGUGUGUGCUUCUCCAGCGUGGAGUUUCCCCGAUUUUCCUUGUGACCUCUUUAGAAAAGAAUAUGUAGACUGUUAAGCCCUCUUCUGGCCUUCUCAGGGCCUUUUUUGGGAUCCCUGAAACAAUAACACGUUCCCCUGGCCUUCCUGCCCUCUGGGCGUCACUAGUCCUCCGGCAUGAACGAACACACCAGCUUGGUAGAACAGAAACUGUGCAAAGAAGUUUCUUAGUUGCAGAAAACCCUGUCCUGAUGUUUCUCUGUUUGCUCUGUUGGAGAGGGGAGGGAAUUUGUGUGUGUAGGAUGAGUGUGUGUGCGUGCAUGUGUGUGUGCACUUUAAUACCUGUCUUCAAAUUGUUUUUUAUUCUUCCGCUAAAGCAGAAAAAAAAAAUCAAGAUAGUCUUUCUUUAACUUUCUAUUUCUACCCGUGAAAAGAAAACCUUCACAUCAGUUGGCACUGACGUUAACCACCAAACUGAAGAGCAUACGCAGAGACACUCACUGGCUAUGCAUUAAGCAACUGCUCCGAACCGCUUGCGGAUUCCGACAUUUCCUGAGGCCCCUUUUCUUCUCGCGAGGACUCGGCGAGCUCUAUGUGGAACGCGUGCACCCUCUGAACGCGGUUCCUUUACCUCCCAGCCCUCUCUCCACGGCAGAUGUGCAAUGCCUUGCCCACAACCAGAACACAGCACCCGUGACUCUGUUACUUGAAUUUCGUGCUUUUGGGUUGGACUCCUUUGUUACUUGAACACUGCCUUUCUCUGGAGCAGGCCCCAGCUCGUUCCCUCAUGUUCCUCUCUCUCAUUCCCUCCUACCCUGGUCCCCGCAGGUCAGAGGCAGCGCCUCUUGUCUCCACUAUGCAGUUGGGAACUCUGUGCCACACACAUGAAGUGGCGCUUCAGUUACUCCAGGUAAAUAAUCCAGUGUUUCGUAGGACCUCACUAUGUUUCUUCUCGUACGAUAAGCUGGCUUGCUGCUCUUUGCACACGUGCAUUGGUGCCAGAGCUGAUCCGAGCCAAGACUAGGAAGCCAUUCACUGCACAGCCUCCUGACUCUAAGGAGCUCUCUCCAAGGCACAGAGGCCCGGAAUGGUGUUUACAGAGCAAGCUGCGAAACCUCCUCCUCAUGAAAAUUUAGCUCUUUCUCCAAAUGCUUCAUGCACCUCUCCCUGGGCUGAAUGAAGGGUUUCCCACUUUGUAGCCGCCAUCAUUAGCAGAAUAGAGAGACACCGUGACCUUCAUCUCUCGUCAUUAGCAGAAUAGAGAGACACUGACCUUCAUCUCUCGUCAUUAGCAGAAUAGAGAGACACCAUGACCUUCAUCUCUGGAAGGCUUUGGCAGUUUUUUCAGGAAUACUGUUGAAGUCGUCAGUGUUCAUUUGAGCAAGUUGACUCACUAAUUCUGAAGCCAGAGCUGGUUUCAGAGGGAGCUUUUACAAUGAGAGGUACUCAGUUGUUUUUUUUAAAAUAAAUCAGUGGAAUUGUGUGGGCUCUUUUGAAUGAAAAGCCUCCACAGGAAUGACACAUGUCAUGCCCCGUGCAGUAUUUUUGCCCCAAAGGACCUGAAGAUCGAAUGCGUGGCUAAUAAAUUGUUAUACUUUGGGCCUGGAGUUUUAUCUGAAGUUAGCAGGCAGCUUCUCAGCAGACAGCCAUGUUCUUCCUAGGCCUGGGGAAGGCUGUGGUGGGUGGGGGGCUUACUUUGCACACCACUCCCAGGUGAUGGGAUCCACUGUUUUCUAAAGCCAAGCAGAAAGAAGGAUUUCUGGUACCUGCUAAACUUCAGAUAACAACUUUUAGCCUCACUAGCGUUUUUUGUCCCGAUCACCCCAAUUAAGCUCCCCCAGCCAGUCUGUUUGACUUAAGUAGAAAAUUGUCCCCUCUCUGCCAGGCCCUGGCUCCCCAUGAGUCUGGGUGUUGGGGGGAGGUGAGUAGUAGGUGGGGCUGCCCUACUGAGAGAUCUGUCAGUAUUCUCCUCUCGCCUAUGUCUUGAGAAAGGGACCGGCACAGGGCAUGGGCUGAGUGUCGGUUGAAGGGAUAGUUGAGAGGGAAAUUUUUUUUUUCGGUUAAAAUGACCAUGUCAAUUUAGAAAACCCCACAGAUCCCUGUUAAAGCUCUCUGUACCAAUACCGUGCAUGCAUAAUACCAAGUAAUCAUAACGUGAACCGGUCGACCUCUGAGCCUUGCCUCUUAGGACAAGAACUCUGCCACAGCCUCCCCCACACAGCAUGUGCAAAGGCCUGUAUGGACUCACCGUCUUCCCCGUGUACUGGGCACUUUGCAAACACCAGAAGAACUUAACCGCAGGAGUUUAUUUCCACGCCUGCCUGUACCCUCUCAGCACUUUUUGGGGAGUCAACCCUGCACCUCAGUCCUCUCUAAAAACCUCUAGACCUACACCUAGUUUGUAAUGUCUACCUAUGGCUGUAACUGUUAGGAACAAUGUUCUCUUUUUCUCUCAUCUCGUUCUGAAGAGCUGUACUGAUGACAAAGAUAAAUGCAUAAAGUCUCUCACGGUUGUCA